GCCAUUUCUCACCAAGUACCAGACAGAUGCCCCGAUGAUUCCCUUCCUCGGCAGAGAUUUGGAGGAUCUAAUCAGGAGCCUUCUCAGACGCUUCAUAAAGCGAGACGUCCAGGUUGAUGUUUCCCCAGUAAAGCUGGUCAAGCUUGAUGUGACAGACCAAAAGCUUUGGGUCAGUCCAAAGCAAGUGGACAUUGGCAUGGGAGCCACAGCUGCCCUCAAGGUGAUAAGAUUGCCCAACAAUUUCAGAAGUUCCUCUUCAGCGAGGCCAGAGGAGAGGAAUUCAUGGCCUUCAGUGCAUUUGAUGGAAAAUCACGAGUUGACAGCUUCCUGCAUAAGGCCAUGAAUGGAUUUGCAGAACUUUGGAGCUUUGUGGAAAAGCUGCUGCUUCUGUCCCAUGGACAAGCUACUGUCGAGCGUGGGUUUUCUAUAAACAAGGAGGUGGAGAUGUGGAAUAUGAAUGAAGACACUAUAGUUUCACAGAGACUAAUCUGCGACUAUGUGAGGAUUUGUGGUGGAGUGGUCAAAGUGCCUCUAACUAAAGAGCUGCUAAAUGAGUGUGCAACUGCACGCAACCGGUACAGGAUCUUCUUGGAAGAUGAGAGGAAGAAAAAGGAAAAGACAAAACAGAUGAACAAGAGAAAAGGGGUUGAAGAUGAACUUGAAGAGCUACGCAAGAAAAGAAGAACAAUCUCAAUUGUGUGUGAAUCACUAGAAAAGGAUGCAGAUGGCCUUGCAGAGAAGGCUGAGAAUACAGCAGGGACCAAGAUGGCAGAACUUCUCACUAAAUCCAAUUCCAUGAGAAAAAGAUUCAAGGAAAAGAGAAGAGAGUUGGUGGACCUAGACCAUGAAAUUGAGAAGAGAGCAGCAGAGCUGCGCCACAUGUCUUGAGUCAUGUAAUAACAUUUGUGUUUUCUAGAUUAUCUGUCAACUUUUUGGCUUCUGAAAGGCUGUUUUGAGGACAUUGGGUUCCUACGUAGUUCCUUCAUACAAGGCAUUGUUUUCUAAUCUAACUUCCGUCU